CGGGCGGAGCGGCCAUGGACGCGCUCAAGUCUGCUGGUCGGGCGCUGAUCCGGAGCCCCAGCCUCGCCAAGCAGAGCUGGGGGGGCGGCGGCCGGCACCGGAAGCUGCCUGAGAACUGGACAGACACCCGGGAGACGCUGCUCGAGGGCAUGCUCUUCAGCCUCAAGUACCUGGGCAUGACACUGGUGGAGCAGCCCAAGGGCGAGGAGCUGUCGGCCGCCGCAGUCAAGAGGAUCGUGGCCACGGCCAAGGCCAGCGGGAAGAAACUACAGAAGGUGACUCUCAAGGUGUCACCACGGGGGAUCAUCCUGACUGACAACAUCACCAAGCAGCUCAUUGAGAACGUGUCCAUUUACAGAAUCUCCUACUGCACUGCAGACAAGAUGCAUGACAAAGUGUUUGCGUACAUCGCGCAGAGCCAGCACAAUGAGAAUCUUGAAUGCCAUGCCUUCCUCUGCAGCAAGCGGAAGAUGGCCCAAGCUGUCACCCUCACAGUAGCCCAGGCCUUCAAAGUCGCCUUUGAGCUUUGGCAGGUAUCCAAGGAAGAGAAGGAGAAGAGGGAGAAAGCCAGCCAAGAUGGAGGAGACGUCCUAGGUAGGGGCUGCCGAGACAGUGCCCCUUCACUGAAGAGCCUGGUCGCCACUGGGAACCUGCUGGACUUGGAAGAGAUGGCCAAGGCCCCACUGUCCACGGUCAGCGCUAACACCACUAACAUGGACGAGGCACCGCGGCCUCAAGCCUUAAACAGCAGCAGCGUUGUCGUGGGAGCUGGAUGAUGGCCUGGAUGAAGCAUUUUCAAGGCUGGCCCAGUCUCGGACGAACCCUCAGGUCCUGGACACCGGACUGACACCACAGGACAUUCAUUACGCCCAGUGCCUCUCGCCUGUCGACUGGGACAAGCCUGAUAGCAGUGGCACCGAGCCGGAUGACCACUUCAACUUCUGAGGGCCUGGGGCUGGCAGGACACGUGACAGACCAAAGCCACCCACGUCGGGGGCAGGGGCCAGCUAUAGGACCCCUAGCCACAUUCUUCCAUUCGACAGUGCUGUCAGCCUGCAGAUCAAAGCGGCAGCCAGUCAAGCAGAAGAAAGGAGAGGUUUUUCUUUUUUAACCCUGUUCUUUGAGAACUGAAAGAUGCCUUGAAUAUUUAUUCAGUGACUCCUGGUUCAACUCCGAAGCUGGUUUUGCAUCAGCACAAGCACAGUGUUAUAGCCAGCUUUCUGCCCUCUCUUGAGCGAGCUCUGCUCUGCUGUGGGUGUUGGGAUGGUAACCAAAGCAUUUCUUGUCCCUUUUCUCUAAGGACCCAGGUUUCCCUGGAGGCGCCCCUGCUCCUUACUGAAAGUAGUGGGAUCAUUCAUUUCUGUCAUCUUCUGAACACAGGAGGGCACCGCAGCCUCGGGAGAGGACUGCAUCCUCAAGCUUGCCUUCCGUGGGGGCCCCAGCGGGCCCAGGCUUGAGCCCCUGACCCCGGGGGCUCAGAGACGGAAGGGCAACCCCUGACCAAAGACAACACGUGGCUGGCACUUUAAAGCACACACAGCAGGUGUGGCCCCCGGGCUCCUCCAUGGUGCUGCAUUGCAUAGAACUUUCUUUCUGCCCUUCUUCCACGAGAAGGGGCCCAAAGUCCCCCUGGCAAGUCCCCAUCAGUGCUUGGAACCAGUGUAACUGGCUGCCCACAGACUCCCAGAGCCUGCCUGUGACAGUGGGGGUCAUCUGUGUGACUGCUGUCUGGUAGAGCUCCUCCCUUCUCCUUCCAUGCAGACGAGGUUUCCCCAAGUUUCUGUCCUUUCUGAGCCCCACCUCCCCAUUAUUCCCGAGAUAAUGCGUGAAACCUAACACCUGGAUUUGUUUAAGAAGUUGUUAUUGCCAUUUUAUAGAUGAGGAAACUGAGACCACAAGUGUGUAAGGGGUAGAGUCAAGAGUAGAACCCAGAUCUGAUGCCAAAGCUGCCUUCUCACCCACACCUUUCACCACUCACACUUCCUUUUUUCCUAGCUUUGUUGUCCUCCCAAGAACCAAAAAGCCCCAGCUAUUUUCUGACCAAAAUGUGUUUCAUAACAAACCAUCUGGUGCCUUUACACACAGAACUGGCAUGAGCCUGUAUGCCCUGCUGUCUCGCUGUUGAUUUCUGUGAAAAUGGAAGUGUUUGAAGUCUGCUAAUUCAGAGGGUGAAACAAAACCAAACUUCGUAAGCAUCACACUGUUCCUUCCUGAUGCUCAGACUCCGGGUCGGGGAUGUACCAGCAGCAGCCUGUCUUCAGCGUCUCCUUCCUUCCUCCCCCUUCACUACCCCCAGGGCUCCCAACAAAGCCACCAGCACCUUCUCCAUCUUCUGGUGCCUCCCAGGCCUGGCUUUACUGAGUUUAUGUCCCUGAUAGUGUUGGAGCAGGUCUCAUCAGCCCAGGAAGCAUACUGUUUCUUAGAAUCUACUUAUCUAAGCGUCUGAAUCAGAACAGAGGCAGAGUGCCUGGGUGAGGGGUGGGGUGGGAUUGUCUUUAUCAGAAUAGGGGAGUAGCUUCCUUUCCCUGGCCCAGCUCCUGCACCCCUGCUCCCGAUGCCAGACCUCCUUGGUGUCAGCCCCUAUAUUUGUCACGAGGCAGCAAGGGUUGAACCUGAAACAGGCUGCCCUUGGCACGAGGGUCCAGGAGCCCUGAGAAAGGCCAUGCUGUGUUUGUGUGAGUCACACUGUGGCCUUCAUCUGGUCUGUGACUGAUAACGGUCAGUGUGCUCCCAGUGCAUCUGCUGAUAAGUUUUGUUGUGCUUUACUUUGUGUUGUUAUUAAGGAAGUUCUAAUGAGGAAACAAAUAAAUAAUAAAUGUUCUCUUUUUGAAAUACAAA